AGGCGUAGUCCGGUCCUCGGCUAGGCCGGCUCUCGUCUCCCCUGCACGCGACUUCGCACCCCGACGCCCGAGGAACCCCCGCCCCGCCGUCCUCGCGAGCCGCUGCGGGCCUCUAGGCGCACUGAUGAUCGUCCAGUGCCUUUCGGCUGUGCGAGGCCUCCGCAGAGUUGGUGGUUCCAGGAUUUUGCUCAGAAUGACUUUGGGAAGAGAAGUGGCAUGGCCCCUCCAGACAAUGUCUUCCUACACUGCUGCUGGCAGGAACAUUCUGAGAUGGGAUCUUUCCCCACAGCAAAUUAAAAUGAGAACAGACGAGCUCAUUGCCCAGACUAAACAGGUGUACGAUGCUGUUGGAGCAAUCGACCUGAAAGAAGUCACCUAUGAGAACUGUCUGCAGGUGCUGGCCGACGUAGAAGUGAAGUAUGCAGUGGAAAGAACCAUGUUGGAUUUCCCUCAGCACGUAUCUUCUGACAAAGAAGUCCGGGCAGCAAGUACAGAAGCAGACAAAAAGCUUUCUCGCUUCGAUAUCGAGAUGAGCAUGAGAGAAGAUAUAUUCCAGAGAAUUGUUCAUUUGCAGGAAACCUGUGAUCUGGAGAAGAUAAAGCCUGAAGCCCGGCGAUACUUGGAAAAGUCAGUUAAGAUGGGAAAACGGAACGGACUCCAUCUUCCAGAGCAAGUACAAAAUGAAAUCAAGACAAUCAAGAAAAAAAUGAGUGAGCUGUGUAUUGACUUCAACAAAAACCUCAACGAGGAUGAUACCUUCCUUGUGUUUUCCAAGGCUGAACUAGGUGCUCUUCCUGAUGACUUCAUUGCUAGUUUAGAAAAGACAGGGGAUGACAGGUAUAAAGUUACCUUAAAAUAUCCACACUAUUUUCCUGUCAUGAAGAAAUGUUGCAUCCCUGAAACUAGAAGGAAGAUGGAAAUGGCUUUUCAUACAAGGUGCAAACAGGAAAACUCCAUAAUUCUACAGCAGCUCCUCCCACUGCGUGCUCAAGUGGCCAAACUACUUGGCUAUAAAACCCAUGCUGACUUUGUCCUUGAACUAAACACUGCUAAGAGCACAAGCCGUGUGGCCGCCUUCUUAGAUGACUUAAGCCAGAAAUUAAAGCCCCUGGGUGAGGCAGAACGGGAGUUUAUUCUGAACUUGAAGAAAAAGGAAUGUGAAGAGCAAGGUUUUGAGUUUGAUGGGAAAAUCAAUGCGUGGGACUUACAUUACUACAUGACGAAGACAGAGGCACUCAAGUACUCCAUAGACCAAGAAAUCCUCAAGGAGUACUUUCCCAUCGAGGUGGUCACCGAAGGCUUGCUGAACAUCUACCAGGAGUUGUUGGGACUUUCAUUUGAGCAAGUGACAGAUGCUCAUGUCUGGAAUGAAAAUGUCACACUAUAUACAGUGAAGGAUAAAGCCACAGCAGAGGUCCUGGGGCAGUUCUACCUGGACCUCUAUCCCAGGGAAGGGAAAUACAACCAUGCAGCCUGCUUCGGUCUCCAGCCUGGCUGCCUUCUGCCUGGUGGCAGCCGCAUGAUGUCUGUGGCCGCCCUCGUGGUCAACUUCUCGCAGCCAGCAGCAGGCCGGCCCUGUCUCCUGAGGCACGAUGAGGUGAGGACUUACUUCCACGAGUUUGGCCACGUCAUGCAUCAGAUUUGUGCACAGACCGAUUUUGCUCGAUUUAGCGGAACGAAUGUAGAAACUGACUUCGUGGAGGUGCCAUCACAGAUGCUUGAAAAUUGGGUGUGGGAUGUUGAUUCCCUGCGAAAACUGUCAAAACAUUAUAAAAAUGGAAGCCCUAUUACAGAUGAUCUGCUAGAAAAGCUUGUUGCUUCUAGACUCGUCAACACAGGUCUCCUGACCCUGCGCCAAAUCGUUUUGAGCAAGGUGGAUCAGUCACUCCAUACCAACACAUCACUGGAUGCCGCGAGUGAAUAUGCUAAACACUGCACAGAAAUCCUAGGUGUCGCGGCCACUCCAGGCACACACAUGCCGGCCACUUUCGGGCACUUGACAGGGGGCUAUGAUGGCCAGUACUAUGGAUAUCUUUGGAGUGAAGUAUUUUCCAUGGAUAUGUUUUACAGCUGUUUUAAAAAAGAAGGGAUAAUGAAUCCAGAGGUUGGAAUGAAAUACAGAAACCUAAUCCUGAAACCCGGGGGAUCGCUGGACGGCAUGGACAUGCUCCAGAGUUUCCUGCAACGUGAGCCAAACCAAAACGCAUUCCUGAUGAGUCGAGGCCUGUCUGCUCCGUAAGCUGGGGAUCGUUGGUCUCCGUCCAUGUCUGGAGGACAAAUCAACGUCACCAUGUGGUACUGGCCUGGAAACUGAAGAGAGGUUUUGCAGAUGAAAACUUCAAUUUCUAUUGACUUGCUUUUUUUUUUUAAUUUAAAAAAUUAUACAGAUGUAAAUGAAAUUAUAAAUACUGUGACCUAAGAAAAGACCCACUAAAAAAAAUAACUGUACUAUAAAAUUUCAUAAAAAUGGAUUUGAUUUCUUUUGAUAAAAGUUUCAUAUGGAUGUAAUUUGAUUUUUUUACUAUUAUAAUCUAGAUAAUAUAAUAUAAAAGGGCCUAAGAAUUUUUCAGUUGAAUCAUAUACAUGGUACAAUUUGAUCCUUCUUCUAUCUUGAAGUUUUGUACUUGGGAUUUCUGGACUGAUAAAUGAAUCAUCACGUUCCUCAGGUGAAUAUUUUCUUGAAGCCCUGUGUCACCUUUGACCGUCUGCCUCACAGUUAAGUGUGACUUCACCUGCAUACCUCACGGCCAGGGACUGUGCCUCAGUAAUGCACUUAUCUCUGUACAUCAGGCCUCCUGAUUCCCAGCUUUCUAUCACAUUUAAAUUAUGUUCCUUUUUUAGGUUUGUUUUUCUUGCAGAAGUUCAAUUAUAGGAUAUCAAAACAAAAUUAGAAGCCCAUUUUAGCAUAUAAAAUUGUUAAUCUUAAACUGGACAUGAUGGAUUGUACCUUUAAUCCAAGCACCCAGGAGGCAGAGGUAGAAGGACCACUGUGAGUUUGAGGCUAUCCUGGGGUUCAAGUGAGUUCCAGGUCAGCCUGGGCUAAAGUGAGACGCUACCUCAAAAAAAAAAAAAAAAAGCAAACAAAAAAAAAAAUGUUAACCUUUGGACAUAGUUACCAGUGAGAAAAGUAAUUCCAAGCCGGGUGUGGAGGCACACACCUUUAAUCCCUGUACUUGGGAGGCAGAGGUAGGAGGGUCACCGUGAGUUCAAGGCCACCCUGAGACUACAUAGUGAAUUCCAGGUCAGCUUGGGCUAGAGUGAGACCCUACCUGGAAAAAAAAAAAAAAAAAGUAACUCCAGGCAUUGUCUUGAUUCUCAUGUUCCCUUUUUUGUUUUGUUUUUUUGAGACAAGAUUUCACUCUGUAGACCCGUCUGGGGUCACAGGUAUGAGCCACCACAUCCGGCUUGAUUUGCAUGUUUCUAACCAGGGCUAGAUUUCACCUGUCUUGCUGACCACCUCCCUCAAAGUGGCAGGUAGAUGCGACACAGUGGUGAUGAACUCCAUGGGAGAGAGCUGGCUCGAGCUUUCUGGUGUAGAAGUCUGGAAGGGUGGGGGGCUGGAGCAGAGCACGUGGGGACAGCUGCUCGGUAGUGGCACGUGUGCAGACCCAGCCUCGGCCUCCGGGAAAGCUCAUCAGUAAUAGCCACUUGGGUGGUUUUCAGUCUAAGAGCCCUCAGGAGCUCUCUCCAGCUCUCUUACCUGGGACCUAAUUCCAGAUCCACGGCAGACUAGUAAAGUCAAAGUACUUACUCUUCCUGUAGGGGUCCACUCAAAAGGAAAAGCACAAGGUAGCAAAAACAAAAUGUCAAGGAACUCUGAAUGCACCUUGCAUAGGACAUUGGGUUAUUUCCCAAGACAUACCUGAGGAAUGACUGCUGACGGCCAGGGACAAGAUUAGACCCUUCUGUUCUAAAUCUAAGUGGACUUUGUUUCAAUUUUUUUUAAAAACUGUCUUGUAUAAUAAAGUUACACACAGCAGGGAAAACCAAGAGCUGUAGCAACACAGAAGGAAAUUCCUUUCUUUAUGGUUCAGUAUUGGUUUUGCAGUGCUGGGAUCCGACCUGGGGCUCCCUCACACAGGCUAGGCAAGUGCUCUGGUCCCAGAGCUAUUGUGGGUGAUGGUCUUUGCAACCUCUCAGAAAUUUUCUUCCAUCUUUGCCCCUCAACUUUUGUUUCCAAUUUCAGGAAAAAUAAAAAUAAAGACUUCAGCAUUUUC